AUGUUAGAGGAAAGACCUGAAGUUGUGAUCCAGCCACAUAAUCGUCGAUGGAAUAUUUGUUCAGUUCCGCUGAUUAUUGCUCUUUUUGCAGCAGCUUUGAUUCCAUUUUAUUCAAACUAUUUUAAUAGAAAUUGUGGAGAAUUUCAGGAACUUGAGGCUAGAGAAUCAAAUCAAGGCACAAAGUUGAAGUACAUCCUUUACGAUGGCAUCAACAGAAGUGACAUUUUAAUAGCUGUGGACAGAGUUUUGAGUCGAUUGGGACUAGAAAAAAUUGUAGUUGAAGAUCCGUCAAAUUUUCCAGCAAAUUGGAAUCUUUUAUGGUCUUUUAAGCACCAGGAGACACUAAAAAGCUACAUAAAUUGGUCGAGCAUCAAAUAUCAUCAAAAAAUCAAUCAUUUUCCUGGAAAUUACAUGCUUGUGUCCAAAAGCUACUUAACAACCCAAGAUGACUUUGACUUUAUACCAAAGGGAUUCCUUAAUUCAGAGGAGGUCCAAGAAUAUGCAGCAGAACAUCCAGAAAAGAGAUUUGUACUUAAAUUGAAAUCAAAUCGUGGUGUCAAGCUAGUCAGUCCAUCAGAAAUGAAUUUUACUGACACAGUCGCUCUUGACGAUUAUUUCGCACAGGAAUAUCUCGAAGAUCCACUUUUAUGGGAUGGAUAUAAGUUCGACUUCUCAAUCUUUGUCGUCAUAACAUCCGUAAAUCCACUUCGAUUCUAUUAUUACAACAAAAAUGUGAAUCUUAGGUUCUGCCUCAAACCUUACAGCACAGCAAACAUUAGUGACGUUGAUGCUUAUGUAAUUGGAACUAAUCAUACUGCAGGUCAGAAAUUUCCAUAUGUUGAGCGAUAUAUUGAAGCUGGAUAUACUUAUAGAGAUGCAUUUGAGGGAUACAUAAAGGAAAUCGGAGGUGAUCUUGAUAACAUUUGGCAGCAAGUUGAAAAUGUAAUAAGGAGCACUGUGCUGACUAAGGAGGAGUAUAUGAUCAAUGGGAUUAAUCGAGUAAAAGCCCCAAAAUAUUCAUUUUUUGAACUUUAUCGCUUCGACAUGAUCUUUGACAAGAACCUCAAGCUGUACCUCAUCGAAGUCAACAUGAGUCCAAACAUACUCGCAAUUCGAGAUAAGAUUCACAAUAAAUUCAUGUUUGAGAAUGUCUUGUUCAAUCUAUUCAGCAUGAUUGGUGUUGGAACUGUUUAUGAGAAGCUCAACUUUACAUUUCCUGACUAUGAUGUUGAGUCGAUGGUUGCUUAUCAUGAUGCAAUGACUGUAAAACCUGAAAUUUGUCUGAAUCCAUCAUGCAAUGACAACUGUGAUGUUGAUGAUUGCAAAUUUUGUUGGAGUUGCCUUCGUUCAAGCAAGAAGUUUGAAAUGAUUCAAGCACUUCACGAACAAAUGAAUCGAGGACAUUUCACGAGAUUAUUUCCAGUAGAUAAAGAGAAGAUUGAUGAGAUAUUGUGGGAGGAAAUAACGCCUGUGAAUAAAUUUUAUAUCGAGUGGUUCCAUGAAAUGUGCAAGAAAAAUGAGCAUUUUUGUUGA